AUGAUCACUCGUCAGCUUUAUAACGCCAACUGGAGCUAUCUAUCGAAGCGUCGUUUUGAUGCAAUUCUCGCCGACAAUGACCGCGAGAAUAGCAAACGCCUCGAGCAUUUCUACAAUACGGGAGACCACGUGAUGUUACGCGUCCCCAAGAAGUUCCGUGCAAAAUUGCACGCAGUGGCAACCGGACCUUUUGUUAUCCGCCAAGUUCACAGCAACGGCACUGUGACCAUCGACAAGGGAGCAAUGGCAGAACGUGUGAGCAUCCGCCGCAUUUUUCCGUGCUAA